AUGUCUGAUCCCUUCGAUGCCCGCAAGAAGCGGCCGCCUCCUAUCCUCAUUCCGGCGGUCCCUCGAAUCACAGCGACCACCCAGGCUACGCGGACUAACACUAAUGAACAGGAACAGGGGAAGAGGCAGCAGCAGCACCAGCUGUCAUUGUCUCAGCAGGGUUCGCGCUUUGCAAGUUCUCCACUAACCUCACCUCUAGAGCAUGAUGUUUCGCGCGUUCCGCUACCAAAGUCGGGCUCGCAGAAGAGCCGCGCAUCCGCCAUGACGAACCUGACGAAUCUUAUCGAGGAAGCGCGUCAGCCAAUGCAACAGCUAGAGCUUGUUGGGAUCGGUGGGUCAUCACGCUCAAAACAUUCAGCGAACUCGGGCCAGGCGGGGCUUGGACUGCACGAGAGAGCUGAGAAAACAACGCGUGCCUGGAUUGAGGCUCGAUCUGAGGAGCAUGUGUUCAAGAUUGCUGGUCAGAUCCCGCCCCCGCACCUAGUCGACGCAGUCGGCGAUGAUGAGGUACUUGUCAAGACAAAUGAUCUACGAAAGGAAUGUCGAGCUGCCAGCGAGGAGCAAAAGGGAAAGUCGCAAGGCCUGGUCAAGAGCCCAAAGAAGAAGCUAUUUGGCAUGCAUCUCCCAAACUUUGGCAGGUCCUCGGCGCCGAACCCGCCGCCUAUGCCGUCCAAGGCUGCUCAAGUCCUCGGUCAUGAACCCCGAAAUUCGAAAAAGGCGGUGCGAUCCGGCAAGUCAACUGCAUCACAAGAAACGCCAACCAAGGCCCCUCGAUCAGACACAUCGAAGUCACUGCCAGUGAAGCUAUUGGACCAGGACAAGCACGCACGAAGCCACCAUACGGGUGCUACUCGCCGUAACCGAGACAUCAGUCGCAGGUCUCCCCCGAGGAUCAACAAGCUGCCUGCGACUGCCUUCAACCCAUUCCUUGGUACAGAAUAUUCGCAGGCAUCUGCUCCACCUCCAACACCGCCUGCCAAGGAUACGCCCCCAGAGGGAAGACAGCCCGUGCAGCCCGCCAGCCCGCUUCGCCGCACAGCACAGUUAGACGGACUGCGUGAGAUUUACAAAGCCGAUGUCGAUGUUGCUGGUGGUCCACUCCGAUUCCCCGCUUUCGCCUUGUCGCCGUCUCCCAUCAAAACUUUCGAAGCUGGAUUUGCUGGCAAGAGCCCGUCCAAGCAGAUCCCAGGCACCGCCGAGGACUAUCAGAAGUUGAUAGCGGGUCAGCCAUUGCCAUGGCCCUCUCCGUUGAGAGAUGACUGUAAUCAAGUGCGAGUGGGUGACCAGCCUGCAUCAGCUCAAGGCAAGGUCGAGGACACGCAGGACACCGAUUCUUUGUACCGUGAUGAUCGCUGGAGUGCAGAGAAAAAGGAGCACGGAGACAGCCGCGAUGCAGCACUGUCUUACCGACUCUCGAACCCACCAAACCUCCCUCAGCCCAAUGAGCACUCAAGCAGCGAGUACGCACCGUACGUCUACAGCAACCAUGGCAGCCACCAUUACAGUCCGCUACAGCCUAGAUUCUACUCACCAUCGGACCGUUCUGUGCUGAAGUUUGCGGACGGAGAGACCCCAUCUAAGAAUUCCGACACUACUCGCUUCUACUGCACUGUUCCCUCAAAAGGCGACCCUGACUCCAAUAACCCUUCGAUUGAAAUGGUGUUUCAAGGUGACGCGCACGACAUCGACCCUCAGUCUUCUACCGGCCGCUUGGUUCACAACGACCACCCGGAGUCAAUGCGAGUACAGAUGCGCGACAAUUCCGAACUUGCGGCUCGGGUCAUGCAAGAGCUUCGAAUUGGCGAGCAGCACGGCCAACCUCCACACCAGGGCGAAACCAAUGGCCGCCUCCAGCCUGAUCAGUCUUCAUCAGGGCUCACAGACUUGUUGAAUGGAGUGGUUCUUGGACGUGACAGCUAUGUGGAUAGGUUCAAUCCCGGCUGCCUCAGCGCAGUUCCCAGCCCACUGCACAAAGCGCCAGCUCCUGCCACCCCAAUGCAAGGAAUACCCCCGAGGCAGAAUUCUCCGGUGCUAGUGGGAUCCACUUACAUGCCCAAGAAUAUCGAAGACCACUUCUACAUGACCAACGAGCACCUAGAUGUGGUGGGCAAGUCGAACUGGGAUCAGACUGAGACGCUGAAGGAGCUGCACGAGACAUCUAACCACAGACAUGCCCAGCUCAUCACGGCAGUAGAGCAACUCGUCAAGGAAGUCAAGAUGCAGGUCGAUGCGAUAAACGAAAAAACGGAUCACACAACUGAGCAGGGCGACAGCAUCAACAACAAGCUCGAACAGCUGUUCAACUUCAUUAGGAAUGACAUUAUGGGUGUUUUGGCCGCACAAGACAAAAAGGCUACAAGCGUGGAGCAGAGCAUCAAAGAGCUCGAGAAGACUGUCCACGGCAUGCAGAAGAUGAUGGAGCAGAAACAGUCGGAGGUGAAGGCGGUCCAGCAGCAUACUCCUGUUGCUGCUCACGCUACCCCCAACUCGCCUUUCCUUCACCGGGCGCAGACCUCUCUUGCAGGCUUCUAUGGAAACAUGACCGAGUCUGGUCGCGAGGGCCCGCCGGGUCUCCCGAUGCCAGAGCGCACCAGCAGCCUUGCCUAUGAUGGCCACAACGACACGCGUGCAGGAUACGGCAGCAACUACGGCCAGCAGUGGGGUUCGCGUUCCAACUUUCCAGGUCGCAACGGCAAGGAAGAGCGUCCCUACUUGGGCAACAACCCCUACCAGUACGCUGCUAAUGGUGCAAACGGUGGGCAGUUCGGCAACGGCUACAACGGCAACGGCUACUCUCCGUACAGUCCAGCUGAGCAGCCCUACAGCUUCCACCAGGGUCCGACAAAGUGA